CUUAAACAGGAAAGCAGCGGGAUACCCAAGCAUUGUCUUGAUGACAAGGGUUGUAUAACAAAAGAAAAUCUAGAUGAGUAUAUAAAAAAUUAUUUAGAGCAUGAAAAUAUACAAUUGGAUGCUGAUAAGAUAUGUUACAACCCAGGACAAAGAACUGUUAUGAAAGCAUUAUUAAAUUCUUUAUGGGGGAAACUGGCACAGAACGAGGAUCCUAGUGUUGUGUCAUUUGUUGAUAGUUUAGAUGAUUUAUUAGAAAUGGUAAAUGAUAAUAGCAUUGAGGUUACAUCGUUGGAUUUUAUUAGUAAUGAUAUUGCUAGAACUACACACAGAAAAGGAGCAUCUUUAGUGCCGCUUCCAACUAGAAAUGUUGUAAUUGCAUCAUUUGUUACAGAAUAUGCAAGAUUAGAAUUAUUUGAGGUGAUUAAUAAACUAGGUGAAAGUGUUUUAUAUUUUGACACCGACUCUGUGAUAUAUGUAGAGGAUUUAAGUAAGGGUCAUAUUUUAAAAAAGGGACAGUAUUUAGGGCAGAUGACAGAUGAAUUAGAGGAGAAAAACUGUAGUGAAAAAUGGAUUGAACAGUUUUGUUCCGCGGGCCCUAAAUCUUAUUCAUUUUGUACAAAUGAGUACACAAGAACUAAUGAAGACAGAACAAAAACAAAACAGUGUGACGAAAUUACACAUGUAAAGGGGUUUUCCUUAAAAGGAGAUACAAAAAGGAAAAUAAAUUUAGAAAAUAUGGUUAAAUGUAUAAACAACAAAAAGAAAGAAAUUUGUAUGCAUUAUACAGAAUUUACUAGGGGUAAUAGUCAAACUAUAAAUGUUCAGGAAAAAGUUAAAAUAUUUCGUUUUACUUUUGAUAAGCGCAUUAUAUGUGAUGAUUACACAACAAGAUCCUACGGGUAUAGGGGUUAA